AUGGCCAAGUUCUUCAAAAGUUUCACUAAAUUCAUGUCUUCCAAAGGAAAAGAAGGAAAGUAUGAAUCAAGUAAGAAGAAAGAUCCCCCGUUUUACAUGCUGCACGGUGAAGUUCAUCUAUCUUCCAUUUUAGCUGCAAACUUCAUCUACCAGCUUUAUUAUGGGGUGCUUUUGGGUUUGCUCAAUGUAUGGAAUGUUUCAUUUCUUGGAUAUCUUGCAAGGGCUAUUUUACCUUACUCUCAGGACCUGGAGAAAUUCACUCCACGUAUUCAACAGGUCAGCAUGGAGAGUAAUGGCAAAGGUGUGUCAAUUGAUGGUGUCCCACUUCCUUAUGAGGCCGAUGAAAUUGAUUUUGGUGAACCUGGAACAAAUGGCCAGCACAACUUUUAUCAACUAAUCCAUCAGGGUCGUGUAAUUCCCAGUGAUUUCAUUGGUAUUGUGAAGAGCCGGCAACCUGUGUACCUUAAAGGUGAAGUGGUCAGCAACCAUGAUGAGCUUAUGUCCAACUUUUUCGCACAGCUAGAUGCCCUGGCAUAUGGGAAGGUAGUAUUUUGCUUUCUUAGGUAUCAAUUAUUUGUCAUUAUUGUAACAACCAAUGCCAUUUAAUUUCAAGCACUAGAGCGUUUAUAUUAAAAUUUCCUGAAUCUUUGCCUAAA